AUGAGUGGCGGUGCUUGCGCCCUGGUUGCGAAAUGGGUCCUGUUGAUGACUUUGCUGAUAGGAUUGUCGUGGACACACCCGGACGUGAAAUAUCCACCGCAAAAGGUAGUCGAUAAACGUGUCAAAGUAAUACCUCGCGGUCCUUUUGGUAGAUUUAACAACCUCAUUGCUAGACAAACAGAUCCCACGCCAACCAGUAGCGCUAUAUCUGCUGCCACGGGCGCACCGUUGGAAUGCUUCCAGGUCGCCGGUCCUGUGUUGAUGCCUCAAGGGCCCGCGUUCCGCGAUGGGGUUCACAAAGCAAGCCCGGCCCCGAAUGUAGGCGAGGACGGACUCGUGGUGGUAUUGAUGGAGCACUCCUUCGCCAAUAGCUACGGCGCUCCUUUUAUUGGCAAUUAUACACCUCCUGAUUAUGAUUUUGAUCGUGUGGUAAUCAACUUCACCGUGCUAGUGAAGGGGCGACAAUAUGAUCGGACGGGCGUCAUGUAUUUUGGCGACACGGAGGUAUGGAGGACAUCAACGGCCGAACCUACCGCGUCCGGCAUCCGCUGGGUCUGGCUCAAGGACAUGACGCCCUUCGUGUCUCUGUGGAAGGCGCCCCAAACAUUGAUCUUCGACCUGGAGAGCAUAGUAGAUGACACUUACACGGGGAUCCUCAACACGACGCUCACUGCAACAUUCUUUAAGGGUCCGGCGAUUUCUGUGGAAAAGCGUGGGCCCGCCGACUUGAUCAUCCCUAUUUCCGAACGCACGGGAUCUACAGGGGAGCCGAGUCAGUUUACGUACCCGGAGCAAAACGCGACUAACAUCGUUAGCAUUCCCCAGAACGUGAAUCGUGCCGUGUUCACCGUGGACGUAAAAGGUCAAGGCGACGAGGAGUUCUGGUGGAGCAACGUUCCGCAGAGCGCCAUCAACACCUUCGAGGCCGACUACGGGACGUACCCGGGGUACUCGCCGUUCCGGGAGGUCCAGGUUCUCAUCGAUGGGCGGCUUGCCGGCGUCUCCUGGCCGUUUCCGGUGAUCUACACCGGCGGCGUGGUCCCCCAACUGCACCGCCCCAUCGUGGGCAUCGAAGCCUUCGACAUCAGGGAGCACGAGAUCGACAUCACGCCGUGGCUCCCGCUCCUCUGCGACGGCAACGCGCACACCUUCACAAUCCAAGUCCUCGGCCUCGACGACGACGGCGUCUCUAGCGCGCACCUCUCCACGACCACCGACAGCUCGUGGUACAUCACCGGCAAGAUCUUCCUCUGGCUCGACGCCGACACCGCCUCCAUCACGACAGGGGAACUCGGCGCCCAGCUCACCGCCGACCCCACCAUCGCGUUCUCGCAGCGCAUCACGCAGAACGCCACCGGCGGAAACGAUACCCUCGACUACACCCUCGCGGUCACGCGCACCUUAUCCAUCUCCUCGUACGUGAGAACCCAGAACACCGAGGGCACCGUCACCUGGGCGCAGUCCCUCUCGUACUCGAACAACGGCGGCGUCUACGCCGGCGGCUUCGACAACGUGAACACGUUCGGCAUCGCGGGCGCGGACACGGCCACCGGCGCGGGGCUGGGGAUCGAGUACAGUGCUAGUUACAGCUACCCGCUGUACUGCAGCAGCUCGGCGGCGUACUCGGACGCGGGCGAUCUGGCGCUGAGGGCGGAUCUGAACCAGAGUCUUGUGCUUGAGGUCCGUGGGGACUCUGUGUUUCCGGCUGGGCUGGAGGCGUUUGCUGCGGGGGGAAGCGGGUUUGGGGGCUCGGUGCUCAGCACGUCGCGCAACGGGACCGCGACGUACAUGCGGCUCGCGGAUAACAGCCACACGUCUGGGGUUGGGCGGACAAGGCAGAUAUUUUCGUUGGAGGGAGUGACUGGUGCUGGAGGGGAUGGGGAUAGGGGCACGGAGGGGAGUGGGAGUGGGAGUGGGAGUACGCCGCUGUAUUAUCAGGAUGUGAGUGCGUUUAAUGAUACGGUUACGGAUAAUCAUGUGGAGUUUUUGGGGGUGGCGGUGGGUGGGACGUAG